UUCAGGUAAUUAUAUUUACAGCCCCCAUUUUUUUCAAAAGAGGAAUAACAGGAUCCAUUUGCGUUAGUGAAGAACCUCCAAAACGGAUCGAUGGUGUCUCCGGUGCUAGCAAAGGCGGCGGAGAGAAUCGGAAAUUCAGUCCGGCGGCAAGCAAUAACUAUUACAGACGCCGCCGCUGCUCGAAUUAGCAAUCUCCUUCAGCAACGGCAGCGUCCUUUCCUUAAGCUCGGUGUUAAAGCUCGUGGAUGCAACGGCUUAUCCUACACACUCAAUUACGCCGAUGAGAAGGGUAAAUUUGAUGAGUUGAUUGAAGAGAAGGGAGUAAAAAUACUUAUUGAUCCUAAGGCAUUGAUGCACGUGAUUGGUACCAAGAUGGAUUUUGUAGAUGAUAAAUUGAGGUCUGAGUUCAUUUUUAUUAAUCCCAACUCGAAAGGGCAAUGCGGUUGUGGUGAGUCUUUCAUGACAACAGCCAGUAAAGGUGCUGAAAAGUGAGAUGAUUUUAAUGAGACAUGAUGUUUAUAAUGUACUUUCAUUAGGUAGACGAACAAUGAAAUAAAGAUUUAUUCCUAGAAUUAAAAUGUUAUAUCUUAUACAUGUCUUUGUAUUGUGUUUAUUAGAUGUAAAAAAUUGCCAGUCAUGGCAUUUGUAUAAUCUACUGAUACUGAUAUUACAGAAAUGGAAAGAGUAAAAUUAACUUGUA